GCCGCCUGCGCAUGCUCCCGCCGCUGCGCAACGUGUAGCCAACAUGGUGCGCGAGGAUCUCGUAACGUCGGCCGUGUCCUUCCUCCAGGACCCGUCUGUUGCCAGCGCGCCCCUGGAGAAGCGCAUAGCCUUCCUCCAGUCCAAGAACCUCACCCAGGAGGAGAUUGAUGUCUCGCUCGCGCGGGCGGCCGAAGACGCCAGCCAGCCCCCGACUCCGCCGCCCCAGACAGCAGCGGUGGCCACCAACGCAUACCGGCCGCCGCCAGCUGCCCCAUAUGCCAACUACCCGCCCCAGGGCUACUGGCAACCGCCGCCGCCGCCAGAACCCCCGAAACGCGACUGGCGCGACUACUUCAUCAUGGCCACCGUCAUGGGCGGCGUGGGCUACGGGCUCUACUUUACCGCAAAGCGAUACGUCCUGCCCCUGAUACAACCGCCCACGCAGCCCCAGCUCGAGCAGGACAAGGCUGCCGUCGACGAGGAGUUCAAGCGCGCGUUUGACCUUCUCGAGCAACUCAACACCGACACGGCCGCGCUCAAGGCCUCGGAGGAGGCACGGACAGCAAGACUCGACGAUGCGCUGGGCGAGGUGGAGAGCGUCUUGGCGAGCCUCAAGGAGUCGUCCAAAAGACAGGGCGACGACAACAGGCGAAUCGAGGACGACGUGCGCGGCCUGCGGGCUUUGAUCCCCAAGGCACUCGAGUCGCACAAGGAUGCCACGGACAACCGACUCAAGGAGCUCUCCACCGAGCUGAAGAGCCUGAAGACGUUGAUGGCAAACAGAAUGGGUUCCGGUCCUGCCACACCUCGCCCCCAGACAACCGCGGCCUACUAUGGAGUUGGCCAACAGAGUGCACCGCAGACGCCCAUCGCCAACGGCACAUCUGCUGUUUCGACGCCCACGCCGCAGCCGCCAUCCACACCGGCGCCGGCUGAGCAGACCAAUGGAACUGCUGCUGCCGACAGCCAAGCAAACAGCACCGUCACACCUGCGGGAUCCUACAGCAGCAGGAUGCCCACUGGACGAGCUGCGAUCCCAGCAUGGCAAAUGGCUGCUGCAAAGAAGAACGAGAAGUCCAAGAAGGACACGAGUGAGAGUGGCACAGCAGUCGAGGCCAGUGCCAGCUCGUAGAAUGCGCGUAGCGGCUUGAUUAGAUAACGGUUUGCAUCUUGGCGUUGUAUAAUGUACAAGUAUUACCUAAGCAGCGAUCAUGUUGAAUGGGAUUCUGAUUCACGUAAUACUUUAUGUCGGAUAUUUCAAUCUUAUUACCC